UUUUCGUUCCCGAAUUCCUUCCUCGUCAACUUGCGUCAACUCGUCUAUUCCUCAUUCAAAUCCACACAUUACACACCAUACCACAUACUACUCAUACAAUUUAAGCCUGUUUUAAUAUAUCUCACUCACUACCCGCCUGGAGCUGGAGUUUGGUCAUUUUCACGACGUGUUCUUUUUUACCACCACACGUCACAACUACACGUCAAAUCGUCCUUUGUCUCUCAAUAUCCCGCUUCCAACAAUUAGAUCAUGCCGGCCGUCAUAUAAAAAAAACUCUCCCGAAUUAAUCCAAGAGAACCCUUCGGCGACAUCUGUUGAUUGGUUGCGCCUUUUCCUAGCCUCCAAGAAAACAUCGCGCAAUUGCGCUCAUUCUCGUCAGAUAUGGCACCAGCAAAUAUCACAGUCCCUUCUCGAGGGCCUUCCGGGUCUUCCCUACUAAGUCCGACACCUGCACGAUGGGCUACCACCACUUUGAGAGUCGGUGGCAUGACAUGUGGUGCUUGUACUUCAUCCAUUGAAGCGGGCUUCAAAGAUGUUAACGGAGUCGGAAGUGUGUCAGUCAGUCUAGUGAUGGAACGAGCCGUAGUAAUGCACGACCCCCAACGGAUAACCGCCGAGAAAGUACAAGAAAUUAUUGAGGAUCGAGGAUUUGAGGCGGAGGUAUUGGCAACGGAUUUACCUUCCCCCUUACCCACACCAAGACAGGAGAUUACCGACGACUACGACGACAGCCCAGCAACCACCGUUACAACAAUCGCCGUCGAAGGAAUGACUUGUGGAGCGUGCACGUCAGCCAUUGAGGGUGGUUUCAAAGACGUGACUGGAGUAAAACAUUUCAGUAUAUCGCUGCUAUCCGAGCGAGCGGUCGUGGAACAUGAUGUGGCCUUAUUACCAGUCGACCAGAUAAUAGAGGUUAUUGAGGAUCGAGGAUUUGGUGCGACCUUAGUUUCCAGCGAAGAAUCGAAACCUGUCAAAAAAGGGGUUGAGGGCACGGAAGCAAAGCCCACUACAGCCACAACUACCAUUGCCAUUGAGGGCAUGACAUGUGGUGCCUGCACCUCAGCUGUCGAAGGAGCUGUAACUGGCCUAGAUGGUAUUUUACGGUUUAAUAUCAGUUUGUUGGCGGAACGAGCUGUUAUUACCCACGAUACUACGAAAGUCACUGCGGAGAAGAUCGCGGAAACUAUCGAGGAUAGUGGAUUCGGUGCUGAAGUCAUAUCGUCAAUUCCCGAUACAGCUGAUCAUUCUGGAUCGUCUACUACAUCGCAGCUCAAAAUAUACGGAAAUCCCGAUGCCGCUGCUGCCAAGGCUAUCGAGGAAGCGUUACUCGCUCUUCCCGGUGUCAACUCCGCGAAAUUAAACAUGUCCACAUCGAGGCUCACUGUUUCUCACCAGCCAGGGGUAACGGGCUUACGAGUUCUCGUCGAAGAGGUUGAAAAGAUGAAAUUCAACGCUCUAGUGGCUGAUAGCGAUGACAACAAUGCGCAGUUAGAAUCACUGGCAAAGACGAGGGAGAUCCAGGAAUGGAGAAGAGCCUUCCAGGUCUCGUUGUCUUUUGCAAUUCCGGUAUUCUUCAUCGGCAUGGUUUUCCCUAUGGCACUUCCUUUCCUGGAUUUCGGUCGUUUGGAAUUACUUUCUGGCCUUUUCUUAGGCGAUGUUAUUUGCUUAGUUCUUACGAUACCCAUCCAGUUUGGCAUUGGCAAACGUUUCUACGUUUCGGCCUAUAAGUCCAUUAAACACAAGUCUCCAACUAUGGACGUACUCGUCGUCCUAGGGACCUCUGCCGCAUUUUUCUUCAGCGUUUUCGCCAUGGUUGUUUCCUUUUUAUUCCCCCCACACACUCGACCCAACACCAUCUUCGAUACCAGCACCAUGCUGAUUACCUUCAUCACUUUGGGUCGUUUCUUAGAAAACCGUGCAAAGGGCCAAACUUCGAAGGCUCUUUCCCGGCUUAUGUCACUAGCCCCAUCCAUGGCUACUAUUUACGCCGAUCCGAUUGCAGCAGAAAAAGCGGCUGAAAAUUGGGACGCGACCACAGAUACCGACAAACCAGAGGCACAAGCACAGGAGGGCAAUGCGGCCGAAGAGAAGAUCAUCCCCACAGAACUCAUUUCAGUAGGUGACAUUGUGAUCAUCCGCCCUGGAGAUAAGAUUCCUGCCGACGGAACCAUCGUUCGAGGUGAAACAUACGUGGACGAAAGUAUGGUUACUGGAGAAGCCAUCCCCGUACAGAAGAGGAAGGGUAGCAAUGUGAUUGGUGGCACCGUUAACGGACAUGGCCGAGUCGAUUUCCGCGUAACUAGAGCAGGCCGAGAUACACAACUCAGUCAGAUUGUCAAGUUGGUACAAGACGCUCAAACUACCAGAGCUCCUAUCCAACGCUUAGCUGAUACCCUUGCCGGCUACUUCGUCCCCACGAUCUUAGUUCUCGGUUUCCUAACGUUCAUCACCUGGAUGGUACUGAGCCACGCUCUCAAGAACCCGCCCAAGAUUUUCUUGCAAGAGGAAAGUGGUGGUAAGCUGAUGGUUUGCGUCAAACUCUGCAUUUCUGUCAUCGUGUUCGCCUGCCCCUGUGCGCUUGGUCUUGCAACUCCUACUGCGGUGAUGGUUGGUACGGGAAUAGGCGCAGAGAACGGCAUUCUAGUCAAAGGCGGUGCAGCUUUGGAAACCACAACUAAAAUCACCCAAGUCGUCCUCGACAAGACAGGAACUCUUACUUACGGCAAGAUGAGCGUCGCCAGCAUUGAGAUGCCAUCCAUCUGGAAAGACAACGAGUGGCGACGACGUCUCUGGUGGUCGAUUGUCGGUCUCGCCGAAAUGGGAAGUGAGCAUCCAGUUGGUAAAGCUAUUUUGGCAGCAGCGCGCAAUGAUCUCGGGUUGGAUGCAGAGGCAGCUAUCGACGGUAGCGUUGGCGAUUUCAAUGCCGUUGUAGGCCGAGGUAUCAGUGCACGUGUUGAACCUACUACUAGUGCCGAGCGUACCCGUUACGAAGCACUCGUAGGUAGUGUUCGCUUCUUGCGUGAGAGCAAGGUGGAAGUACCUGAAAACGCAGUGGAAGCAUCCGAGGAAAUCAACUCUAAGGCAAACAAAUCGAAGGCUGCUUCCGCCGGAACAACGAACGUCUUCAUCGCUAUCGAUCGUAAAUAUGCCGGCCACCUAUGCUUGUCCGACACUAUCAAGGAAGGAGCAGCAGCCACGAUUUCGGUACUACACAGCAUGGGAAUCAAGACUGCCAUUGUUACUGGUGACCAACUGUCUACUGCAUUGGCCGUUGCCUCUUCAGUUGGUAUCUCGCAUGACAAUGUCUACGCUGGCGUAUCACCAGACCAGAAACAGGACAUCGUUCGAGAGAUUCAGGGACGAGGUGAAUGUGUCGCUAUGGUUGGCGAUGGUAUCAAUGACUCUCCUGCCCUGGCCACUGCUGACGUUGGUAUCGCCAUGGCUAGUGGUACAGAUGUUGCCAUGGAAGCUGCUGAUGUUGUCCUCAUGCGACCUAACGACCUAAUGGACAUCCCUGCUGCUCUCCACCUUGCCCGGACGAUAUUCCUACGGAUCAAGCUUAACCUCACCUGGGCAUGCCUCUACAACGUUGUCGGUCUUCCCUUUGCUAUGGGAAUGUUCCUCCCCCUCGGGUGGCAUCUUCACCCUAUGGCCGCAGGUGCCGCUAUGGCUUGCAGUAGUGUCAGCGUUGUAGUCAGCUCCCUGCUCCUCAAGUUCUGGAAGCGGCCGCAGUGGAUGGAAGAGGCACUGCUUGCAGAUAAGGGUGGCAUUAAGAAGCGUGGCCGUGGUUGGGGCUUAGACGGCAUCGUUACCCAGGCACAGAACAUCGCGGGUGCUGUGCUCGGCAGAAGAUCGCGCAAGGACGAAGGAUACGUCCCUUUGCAGACUCUAGAUCAUGCUGAGGCAUAGUAGCCAAGGUAUAUGUGAUAGUAGUCGCUGGGGUUUAGGAUUGCUUCGUUGUUAUAAAAGGGAUGUGGUGCAUCGCGAUUGGGAGUUGAGGAGCCUAUUUGUUUUUUUGCUGACUACUGCACUUUUGCUGUGCGCGAUAUUCCCCUUGUUUAUAAUCUGUCUUCGAAAUGAAUACAUUGAAUUACAUAGUGAA